AAAAACACAGUCACAUCCGCAAAGUAGAAGUCUAGUAAAGACCAUCACAGCGGAGCAGACUCCCUCCUAACAGCUCUCAUACAGGACUGCAGCAGGACUUUAAACAUGUUCAGGAUGAACAGAAAUCCACAGGAGGAAAUUGAGGAAAUUGAGGAAGAAGCAGCAGCUAACUAUGUUAAUGCACCAGCAUGCACUGUGGAGAAAAUGGCAGCUCGUCCAGACCAGAGGUUUCACUGCUUCUCUCAGUCUUUUCUACUGAUAGCAGUGUGUUGGCUGAUACUGUUGGUCAUCAUGGGCCUCCGUAUCUACUUUACCAAACGCAACCUCAACGACAAACUCAGCGUCUUAGAAAACCCAAUCACAAACCUGACUGCAGUAUACCAGAAGCUGGAGACACGAAACCAGGAGCUGGAGACACAAAACCAGGAGCUGGAGACACAAAACCAGGAGCUGGAGACACAAAACCUGGAGCUGGAGACACAAAGCCAGGAGUUGGAGACACAAAACCAGGAGCUGGAGACACGAAACCAGGAGCUGGAAACACGAAACCAGGAGAUGGAGACACGAAACCAGGAGCUGGAGACACAAAACCAGGAGCUGGAGACACGAAACCAGGAGAUUAACAAUUUAAGAGGACCAAUACAAAACAUCAGACAAGCUCAGUGGAUCAUUGAUGAAUACUGCCCCAAAGAAAAUAACGAGAGACGGUGUAGAGCUUGUCAGAAAGGCUGGGAACUCAUCCAGUCCAGCUGCUAUCUGUUUUAUAAGACUGAUCAGAAAACCUGGGAAGAAGCUCGAGAAGACUGCACAGCACGGAGUUCAGAUUUGGUUGUUAUACAGAGUCAAGGUGAACAGAAUGUACUGAGUUUUUACAGCGGGUACUGGGUUGGCGUGAGAGCUGAAGGAGGGAGAUGGAAGUGGAUCAAUGGACGUGAUCUGACUGAAAGUAACGGCGGCUGGAUAAAUGAACAACCAAAUGCUACUGAUGGUCAGUGUGUAGUUUAUGACGUGUUCAAAUGGAGAUACGGAUGGAGAUCAGAGAACUGUGCUGAGAGAAAUAGAUGGAUCUGCAAAAAGAAGGUUUUAUCUGUUUAAAGACUGCAUUCAGACUUGAGAAGGUUACUGGAUAUUCUGCAUGAUAAUAUCAACUGGCUUCAUAAAUA